GAUGUGAAUAACUUAUAUGGUUGGGCUAUGAGUCAGUUUUUGCCAUAUGGGGGAUUCAAGUGGACAGACACAAAUAUAGAUAUUACACAAAUACCUGAUGAUGCUCCCGAGGGAUAUAUUUAAGAGGUUGAUUUGGAAUAUCCCGCCGAAAUACACGACAAGCACAAAGACUUGCCAUUCUGUGCGGAAUCACGUAUCCCACCUGGAUCAAAGUUGCCUAAAUUAUUAACUACCCUUUAUCAUAAAAAAAAUUAUAUCGUGCAUUAUAGGACGUUGAAACAAGCCUUGAGUCAUGGACUUGUUUUGAAAAAAGUCCAUAGAGUUCUUCAAUUCAAACAAUCUGCCUGGCUUAAAAUGUAUAUUGACAAAAAUACACAUUUGAGGCAGACAACAACGAACGAUUUUGAAAAAAAUCUUUUCAAAUUAAUGGUUAAUGCUGUGUAUGGGAAAACGAUUGAAAACGUCCGGAAGCAUAGAGAAGUUAAAUUGGUCAACAAAUGGUAUGGCAGAUAUGGUGCAAUGAAUUUGAUUUCUAGCCCUUUCUACAAGGAUAGAAUGAUCUUCGGAGAAAAUCUAGUCGCUAUUGAAUUGCAAAAGCGUUCAAUCACAAUCGAUAAACCAAUAUAUGUAGGAAUGUCUGUAUUAGACAUUUCAAAGGUUUGCUUGUACGAAUUUCAUUACGAUUAUUUCCAACCUAAUUUCAAAGAAAGAUGAGAAUAAUGGUAAGAUUAUGACCGAUUUCG